AAUAUUGUGGAGUUGAAGAUGUACGAUGAGGACAGUAUCAUGGGUGAUGACCUGUGCUCCAUUAUAGUGUUUGACAUCAGUAACCUCACACCUGGGAAGAAGGAGACCAAGACCUUCAUCAGUGAACCGGUAGGACUAUUACAGCACUAAGGAUUAGAACUGGAAUAUGUCAUGAAUGAAUCACAUGUAGCCUAUGCUUGGUCUCCCAUGCCUCCUCUCUAUUUCAGACCAAAGAUGAAUUGUGGGUUGAGUUUGAGUUGUUGGAGAGGUGAGUGACAACUUUGACAUCCAUGCCAUUGUCAGACUGCUUUCAAAGCAGAAGGUGCUGAAAUAGUCCAAUUUUUGUUGUUGUAAAAAUGACUUCCAUGACUGACAACAGUUUGUGUUUCUUGUGUUCCCUGUUUGCAGCAAAGAGCAUGCUGGUGACUCUCUCUCUAAUGGUGUACUAGUGGUAAGGACAUUAUUCCAUUUCUUAUCAUUCUAAGGCAAAGUCAACAUCAAAAGGAUGAUCAUAGAGGGAUAAUAAUGAGGUCAAUAAUGAAACGACAUGGUAAUGUGGUGUGAGAACCAGACAAUUAUUUGUAUUUAAUACUGUAUGUACAGUGCAUUCGGAAAGUAUUCAGACCAUUCCCUUUUUCCACUUUGUUACGUUACAGCCUUAUUCUAAAAUUGAUUACAUAAUUUUUUUCCCUCAUCAAUCUACACACAAUACCCCAUAAUGACAAAUGUUUGCUAAUUUACUAAAAGUAUUCAGAUCCUUUGCUAUGAGACUUGAAAUUCAGCUCAGGUGCAUCCUGUUUCCAUUGAUCAUCCUUGAGAUGUUUCUACAACUUGAUUGGAGUCCACCUGUGGUAAAUUCAAUUGAUUGGACAUGAUUUGGAAAGGCACACACCUUUCUAUAUAAGGUCUCACAGUUGACAGUGCAUGUCAGAGUAAAAACCAAGCCAUGAGGUCAAAGGAAUGGUUUGUAGAGCUCCAAGACAGGAUUGUGUGGGGGGAAAGAUCUGGGGAAGGGUACAAAAAAAAUGCAUUGAAGGUCCCCAAGAACACAGUGGCCUCCAUCAUUCUUAAAUGGAAGAAGUUUCGAACCACCAAGACUCUUCCUAGAGCUGGCCGCCCGGCCAAACUGAGCAAUCUGGGGAGAAGGGCCUUGGUCAGGGAGGUGACCAAGAACCCGAUGGUCACUCUGACAGAGCUCCAGAGUUCCUCUGUGGCGAUGGGAGAACCUUCCAGAGGGACAACCAUCUCUGCAGCACUCCACCAAUCAGGCCUUUGUGGUAGAGUGGCCAGACGGAAGCCUCUCCUCAGUAAAAGGCACAUGACAGCCUGCUUGGAGUUUGCAAAAAGGCCCCUAAAGGACUCUCAGACCAUGAGAAACAAGAUUCUUUGGUCUGAUGAAACCAAGAUUGAACUCUUUGGCCUGAAUGCCAAGCAUCACGUCUGGAGGAAACCUGGCACCAUCCCUACGGUGAAGCAUGGUGGUGGCAGUAUCAUGCUGUGGGGAUGUUUUUCAGCGGCAGGGACUGGGAGACUAGUCAGGAUCGAGGGAAAGAUGAACGGAGCAAAGUACAGAGAGAUCAAUGAUGCAAACCUGCUCCAGAGCGCUCAGAAAAUCACAUUGUAGGAUUUUUAAAGAAUUUAUUUGCAAAUUAUGGUGGAAAAUAAGUAUUUGGUCAAUAACAAAAGUUUCUCAAUACUUUGUUAUAUACCCUUUGUUGGCAAUGACACAGGUCAAACAUUUUCUGUAAGUCUUCACAAGGUUUUCACACACUUGCUGGUAUUUUGCUGGUAUUUUGGCCCAUUCCUCCAUGCAGAUCUCCUCUAGAGCAGUGAUGUUUUGGGGCUGUCGCUGGGCAACACAGACUUUCAACUCCCUCCAAAGAUUUUCUAUGGGGUUGAGAUCUGGAGACUGGCUAGGCCACUCCAGGACCUUGAAAUGCUUCUUACGAAGCCACUCCUUCGUUGCCCGGGCGGUGUGUUUGGGAUCAUUGUCAUGCUGAAAGACCCAGCCACGUUUCAUCUUCAAUGCCCUUGCUGAUGGAAGGAGGUUUUCACUCAAAAUCUCACGAUACAUGGCCCCAUUCAUUCUUUCCUUUACACGGAUCAGUCGUCCUGGUCCCUUUGCAGAAAAACAGCCCCAUGCUUCACAGUAGGUAUGGUGUUCUUUGGUUGCAACUCAGCAUUCUUUGUCCUCCAAACACGACGAGUUGAGUUUUUACCAACAAGUUCUAUUUUGGUUUCAUCUGACCAUAUGACAUUCUCCCAAUCCUCUUCUGGAUCAUCCAAAUGCACUCUAGCAAACUUCAGACGGGCCUGGACAUGUACUGGCUUAAGCAGGGGGACACGUCUGGCACUGCAGGAUUUGAGUCCCUGGCGGCGUAGUGUGUUACUGAUGGUAGGCUUUGUUACUUUGGUCCCAGCUCUCUGCAGGUCAUUCACUAGGUCCCCCCGUGUGGUUCUGGGAUUUUUGCUCACCGUUCUUGUGAUCAUUUUGACCCCACGGGGUGAGAUCUUGCGUGGAGCCCCAGAUCGAGGGAGAUUAUCAGUGGUCUUGUAUGUCUUCCAUUUCCUAAUAAUUGCUCCCACAGUUGAUUUCUUCAAACCAAGCUGCUUACCUAUUGCAGAUUCAGUCUUCCCAGCCUGGUGCAGGUCUACAAUUUUGUUUCUGGUGUCCUUUGACAGCUCUUUGGUCUUGGCCAUAGUGGAGUUUGGAGUGUGACUGUUUGAGGUUGUGGACAGGUGUCUUUUAUACUGAUAACAAGUUCAAACAGGUGCCAUUAAUACAGGUAACGAGUGGAGGACAGAGGAGCCUCUUAAAGAAGAAGUUACAGGUCUGUGAGAGCCAGAAAUCUUAUUUUCCACCAUAAUUUGCAAAUAAAUUCAUUAAAAAUCCUACAAUUUGAUUUUCUGGAUUUUUUUUUCUCAAUUUGUCUGUCAUAGUUGACGUGUACCUAUGAUGAAAAUUACAGGCCUCUCUCAUCUUUUUAAGUGGGAGAACUUGCACAAUUGGUGGAUGACUAAAUACUUUUUCCCCCCACUGUAUUUACCCACUUAAUAUGUAUAUACUGUAUUCUAGUCAUGGCUCAUCCUAUAUAACUGCUGGUAUACACACCUUUUCUAUUCACAUACUGUCCAUACUGUCUAUACACACCAUUCAAAUACAUUUUUACAUACACUCUGGUCCGGAAGCUAAUUUCCUGCAAUUCUAUACAUUUUGCCAUAGGGUUUUAUACUGUGUAUUUAAAUACUGUAUUCUUGACAUAGCUCAUAGCUAACUACUGUAAAUUGCAUUUUAGUUACACUGUUUAUACACACUGCAUAUGUAUUUAUAUACUAGAUUAUUUACAUAGCUCACUCUAAUAAUUCUUAGUAUAUCUUGUGUAAAUUCAUCCGGUGUACAUACGUAUAGAUUGCAUUUGGAUUACUGUUACAGUGCUAUUUGGGUUAUUAAUUGGAUUCAUUCAGAAAUGUCAUGAUUUCUUUAAAAGAUAUAUAUAUAUAUAUACAUAUAUAUAUUUAUGUGCUGUUUGACAUUAUAAACUUUGUGGUUCGAGCCCUGAAUGCUGAUUGGUUGACAGCCGUGGUAUAUCAGACCGUAUACCACGGUUAUGACAAAACAUUUCUCUUUACUGCUCUAAUUACGUUGGUAACCAGUUUAUAAUAGCAAUAAGGCACCUCGGGGGUUUGUGGUAUAUGGCCAAUAUACCAUGGCUAAGGGCUGUAUCCAGGCACUCCCCCGAAGAACAGCCCUUAGCCGUGGUAUAUUGGCCAUAUACCACAUCCCCUCGGGUCUUAUUGCUUAAGUAUACUGCAUCGUCAGGAGCUAGUAACAUAAACAUUUUGUUGCACCCGCUAUAACAUCUGCUAAACUGUGUACGCGACCAAUAAACUUUGAUUUGAUUUGUUUUCUAAAUACCCCCCAAUGUAUGAAUUGUAUAUUUCUCUGUGUCUGUCUUUCUGUGUGUCUGUGUCUGUGUCGGCGUGAGCAGAAUCAGAUCGGCCCACAGUAUAUUCAUAAAGCACUCAACUGAGCAACCAAUCUAUGUUGUAUUGUUCUAGUGGAGCAGAAUGUGGUGCUGAAACUGUGUGGGGCCUUUCAAGAAGAACAUAAGAUUAUUGCUCCUGAGGAAACAUCCAACCUGACCAAAACCUACUACAUCAUCAGAGACCUGGAGACAGAGCUUGGCGUGACCGUACGGUUAACUGAUCCUUUCUUGACCAAUAUCUUCCCUAUCGUCAUCCAAGUUCCAUAUGAUUUUUCAAAAUUCCACUAUCAUAUUUUUUGUAUCCCCAGGAUAAAUUGGGUGAGGUAGAAGAUGCAACUGUCACUGGUUUAUCUGCUGUUCCACUCCAGCACCUUCCAGACAGUAAUGACUUCAAAGUAUCUUUACCUGUGGGAGAGGUACAGUAGACCACAUUCUAGUCUUUGCCGCAUUCUAGUGUUUGCAUAAAGUGCCAAGGAAAGAUUAUUGAUGAAGGGUGUUUGUAAAGCCUAUAUGACUUACAUGGACACUCCCCCUUCACAGGACAUGGUGGAUCUACAUGUGAGAGCAGAGGACUGGUAAAGUGUUCCUUUUUAUGAAACAAUCCGUCAGUAUUUCAUUCAGAAGUAUACAAACACAUGGCAUGAGUUGUUAUUAAUGUGUUAGAUACUGUGUGUGUGUGUGUGUGUGUGGGGGGGGGGGGGUUAUGGCCUCUGUGAAUCCACAGCCCAGACGAUGAAUUUGAGGUGCGUCUUGAUUUUGACGUCCGUCCAGAGGAAAAAUAAUUCCUGAAGAAGAGAAAGGUGCUAGUGGGUCAGGCCUUACAAAAGGAGUUGGGCCUCAGCUCGCCCCCUGACCCUAAAAAGGUACAUGGUGAUGAUUGUUUUUUGCACAAAUUUACACACUCUGCAGUAAUUGCUGCUUAUCAUCCAUAAUUUCAACACUAAUGAAGACUGAAUAUUGAUGCUGACCAAAUAUGUUUGUCUUUUUCCAGUCUCAUGAAAGACAUUGUUGUGGGAUUGUUUUUUUUUUCUUCUACUGUGGUGUCAUCUACUGUAAUUAUGAAACAAGUCUCAAACAGGUUGACUGACAGAUGGUGUUUGUCUUUUUUCCCCCAGGUGCCUGUUAUAGCUGUGGUUGGCUCAGGGGGAGGGACCAGAGCAAUGACUGGCCUGUAUGGCAGUCUGAAGGGGCUGCGGAGACUGGGACUACUGGAUGCUGUGAGCUACAUCACUGGUGUGUCAGGCUCCACAUGGUGUGCAUGGAAUUUAUCUCCAUUGCAAUUAAAUAUGAAGUAUCCUAUAAGCAAAGUGAAUGAAGGAGUGAAUGAACAAACUAACAAACUAACACUUGCCAGUUUAUACUACUGAGACCCCUACUUAUGUGACAUCAUAACACAUUCCUGUUCAACAGGGCCUUAGCUGCGCUGUAUCAGGAAGCAGAUUGGUCACAGCGUGAUAUGGAUGAGUCCAUCUCAGCUAUGGAGGGGGAGAUCAGCAAGAGUUUCCUUAGUGCCUUCACCCCUGAGAAGCUGCAGUACUAUAGACACCAGAUGGCAGAAAAAGAGAAGGAGGGACAUAUGGUGUCAGUCAUAGACAUGUGGGGUCUGGUCAUCAAGCACUGCCUGCAUGGGAAGGUACAGCCGCCUACUGUACACUCAUACUUUACAAUACACACUGUACUAAUCACACUCCAAUAGGAAGGAGUUCCGCGGAAAUGGUUUUGUUUCCUGUAAUUAUAGUGAUUUUUAUUCCAUUGAAACUAUGGAAUGUUUUUCCCACAGACACAAUUAGUGUCUAUUAUGUCUUUCACACUGAGUUAUGAUGCUCUACAUAAUUAAUGUUUUGCAAAGUUGGUUGGAGCAGCCUAUGUGACAGAUUGAUUUCUCCUAUGUGUGAUUUGUAGAAGAACACCAGUACCCUGUCUGACCAGCAGAAGGCAGUAUCAGCGGGACAGAACCCUUUACCCAUCUGCACUGCUGUCAACCUGAAGGAUGGAGUGAAAGACACCACAAGAGAACUUGGUAAAGCUGUUCUAGUAACUUAUGUUUGAUAAUAUGUAUUUUAAUGCAACCCAAACAGUGGUCCACAUGUUGAAACAAGGAAUAUUGUAACAGAAUUUUGAUGGUGUUAACUUGUAUGUUAUUUACAUAUCUUUAUGUAUCCAGGUAAUACACUAAAAACUUUUGUGUAGCACGUGUCAACGCAAAGAUAAAAUGCUAUACAACUGAUUGAAAAUAGCAGUUGGAGUAUAAAUGACAUAUAAAUUGAAUAAUAAAAUAACAAUUAUUCCUGUUCCUAUCAUUUUAGAGUGGUGUGAGUUCACACGAUAUGAGGUGGGCAUUCCAAAGUAUGGGGCCUAUGUCCAUGCAAAGGACUUUGGGAGUGAAUUCUACCUCAGUCACCUAGUCAAAAAACAUCCAGAGAUACGUACCUCCUAUCUGCUUGGUGAGAGACCACUUAUUUGUGUGUGUGUGUGCGUGCGUGCAUGAGUUUGAGAGAGAGAGAGAGAGAGAGAGAGAGAGAGAGAGAGAGAGAGAGAGAGAGAGAGAGAGAGAGAGAGGGUGGGUGGUUACAUAGUAUCCCUGCACUAAUGUGCAACAUGUAUCUAUUAACUUUUUACAGUGGUUGUGGGCACCUCUGCCUCUGUGUUGACAGGUCUUUGGAGCAGUGACUUCUCUCUUAACCUGACCCAGCUUUGGGGAUUUGCACUAACACUGCCUCAGCGCUGACCAGCUUGUUUAACAGCCGGCCAGUCAUCACUAAGAUCUACAACUUCAUGCGUGGGUUCUUUCUGCACUGGAACUACAAUGACAACAGCAACUUUACAGCCUGGAAAGGUACAUAUGCAUGAACCUCCCCUAACUAGUACUGUUAAAACAAAUUCAACAUGGAUUUACUCAAAUACUGUUGUACAAUGUGUGUGUGGCACCAACAGUCUAUUUAUGCAUAGGCACCCCAAUGGUGGAACAAGCUCCCUCACGACGCCAGGACAGCGGAGUCACUCUUUCUCCCCUCUCUCUCCAGAUAAAAUCUUGCGACUUGUGAUGGCAGGCCGCCCAACAACCUGCCCGCUUGACCUUAUCCCCUCCUCUCUUCUCCAGACCAUCUCCGGUGACCUUCUCCCUUACCUCACCUCGCUGAUCAACUCAUCCUUGACCGCUGGCUAUGUCCCUUCCGUCUUCAAGAGAGCGAGAGUUGCACCCCUUCUCAAAAAACCAACACUCGAUCCCUCUGAUGUCAACAACUACAGACCAGUAUCCCUUCUUUCUUUUCUCUCCAAAACUAUUGAGCGUGCCGUCUUUAGCCAACUCUCUUGCUAUCUCUCUCAGAAUUACCUUCUUGAUCCAAACCAGUCAGGUUUCAAGACUGGUCAUUCAACUGAGACUGCUCUUCUCUGUGUCACGGAGGCUCUCCGCACUGCUAAAGCUAACUCUCUCUCCUCUGCUCUUGUCCUUCUAGACCUGUCUGCUGCCUUUGAUACUGUGAACCAUCAGAUCCUCCUCUCCACCCUCUCCGAGCUGGGCAUCUCCGGCGCGGCUCACUCUUGGAUUGCGUCCUACCUGACCGGUCGCUCCUACCAAGUGGCGUGGCGAGAAGCUGUCUCCGCACCACGUGCUCUCACCACUGGUGUCCCCCAGGGCUCAGUUCUAGGCCCUCUCCUAUUCUCGCUAUACACCAAGUCACUUGGCUCUGUCAUAUCCUCACAUGGCCUCUCCUAUCAUUGCUACGCUGACGACACACAACUAAUCUUCUCCUUUCCCCCUUCUGAUAACCAGGUGGCGAAUCGCAUCUCUGCAUGUCUGGCAGACAUAUCAGUAUGGAUGACGGAUCACCACCUCAAGCUGAACCUUGGCAAGACGGAGUUGCUCUUCCUCCCGGGGAAGGACUGCCUGUUCCAUGAUCUCGCCAUCACGGUUGACAACUCCGUUGUGUCCUCCUCCCAGAGUGCGAAGAGCCUUGGCGUGACCCUGGACAACACCCUGUUGUUCUCCGCUAACAUCAAGGCGGUGACCCGAUCCUGUAGGUUCAUGCUCUACAACAUUCGGAGAGUACGACCCUGCCUUACACAGGAAGCGGCACAGGUCCUAAUCCAGGCACUUGUCAUCUCCCGUCUGGAUUACUGCAACUCGCUGUUGGCUGGGCUCCCUGCCUGUGCCAUUCAAACCCCUACAACUCAUCCAGAAUGCCGCAGCCCGUCUGGUGUUCAACCUUCCCAAGUUCUCUCACGUCACCCCGCUCCUCCGCACACUCCACUGGCUUCCAGUUGAAGCUCGCAUCUGCUACAAGACCAUGGUGCUUGCCUACAGAGCUGUGAGGGGAACGGCACCUCCGUACCUUCAGGCUCUGAUCAGUCCCUACACCCAAACGAGGGCAUUGCGUUCAUCCACCUCUGGCCUGCUGGCUCCCCUACCUCUGCGGAAGCAUAGUUCCCGCUCAGCCCAGUCAAAACUGUUCGCUGCUCUGGCACCCCAAUGGUGGAACAAGCUCCCUCACGACGCCAGGACAGCGGAGUCACUCACCACCUUCCGGAGACAUUUGAAACCCCACCUCUUUAAGGAAUACCUUGGAUAGGAUAAAGUAAUCCUUCUACCCCCCCUUACCCCAACCCCCCCCCCCCCAAAAAAAAAGAAACAACAAAAAAAUAGAAUUGUAAAGUGGUUAUCCCACUGGCUAUAAGGUGAAUGUACCUAUUUGUAAGUCGCUCUGGAUAAGAGCGUCUGCUAAAUGACAUAAAUGUAAAUGUAAAUUUAGAUUAUGUUUGCUGAAGUUUUGCUCCCAAUGUUGCUGCAGAUAUGCAUCCAGAUGCCUUCCCCAACAGACUGACUCCAGCUGACUCCACAUUCCACCUGGCAGACUCUGGGUUCUCCAUCAACACAGGCUGUCCCCCUGUCUUGAGACCAGAGAGGGGGGUUGAUGUCAUCAUGUCCCUCAACUAUUCGUGGUGCGAGGACCAAUUCAAAGUAAAUGGGUUGAAUUUAUGAAUAAUACAAGAGUGAAUUUGUGUUGAAAGAUGAACAGAGCAGUUUACUUGAUAAUUUGCUAGAUCCACAUUUCGCACAGAGGUCUGCACACACACACUAGGCCAGAAGGUGCACAUGACUUGCGUAACGGCCAUACACAGUGUUUGAAUUGUCUGACUGACAUCUCUGUAAUCUAUCUACCAGGUCCUAAAGAGGACUGAGGUUUACUGCAAAGACCACAGCAUCCCCUUCCCCUGCAUUGACUUCAGCAGCCUGGAGGGACAGCCCCUGAAAGAGUUAUACGUCUUUGAGGAUGAGAAGAACCCCAAGGCUCCCAUAGCGCUUCACUUCCCUUUCGUCAACAUCUCAUUCAAAGAGUUCAAGGCCCCUGGUAAGCACUAUCAAGAUCAUGGUAAUUUUAAAAGAAGCAGAGUGUAGGGGUAGUCAAUGAGCUACUGUAGCUAGCUAAUGGUUCAAGCUGUCAAUAAGUCAUUGGCUCUGUGCCUGUCAAUCAAAUCAAAAUUCUGUCAAUAGAAAAUUUUCAUGUGUGUUUUAGAGAUCAGGGCCAAAGAUCAUUGCCCUAAAACUUUGGAUUGGAUUGCACUUUGUUGAUAUGAUUGAUUUUAUGGUUGUUUGAUGUUUAAGGCUGAUGGUAUUGUUAUGUUCUCAUUCUGAAGGUGUGGCACGUGAGGGUGAGGAGGAGAUGAAGACAGGGGAUGUUGACGUUAACACAAGCAGCUCCCCUUACUUAACCACACACCUGACCUACGCAGCAAAGGACUUCCGGGCACUGACAGACCUUACCUCGUACAACAUCCAGAACAACAAGGAGAAGAUCCUCCAGGCUCUCAGGAAGGUCCUCGAGAGGAAGGUGCCUGUGGAGGAAUCGGACCACCAUGAGCAGCACACAUGCCAUUGACGGGGCCAGAGAAUAUGGAUAAUCUUCUUGUACAUAUGUUAUGAAAUGAUGAGGGCAAAACAGAAUAAACAUGAUUGACACUUUGUAAUCCAGAUGCAUGCCUGGAUAGUGACUAUAGUCAAUACAUUGUGCAACUGUUCUUUAACGUAUGUAUGUAUAUUAUUUUUUGGGAAAGUGUCCGAGUCAUGCCACCAAUAUAAUGAGAUAAGAGGGAAAGGCCCCACCUAGAGAAACGACACGUAGACCUUGAAAGUAAACAGUACGUGGCACCUGGACAUUGAAAGCUAAUGGUGGCGUGGCACUGAAAGAUGUUAAUCUUUUACAUAAAGAGGAGUAACUAUGUACGCUGUAUAAGCAUGACUAUGCAUGUUGUAUAAGCAUGAAACUGUAUAAAAGGAGAGCUCCGAGUCAAGGCAGGCAGUUGUUCCAUGGACCAGCUCGGCUUUGUUGUGUUGUAAUAAAGUAUAUUCUGAAUUCACAGGCUCCGGUUUCUGAGAGAUAUUAUUGAGUUAAAUAUUUCUACCACAAGAACAACAUGCAUUAAGAUCAGAUCAGACUCAUUACAUUGAGAGGAGCAAUUCUAACUGCAAUUUCUGUCACAAUGUAUGUUUGGUUACACUGUCCAUUUGAGACUGUAGGGGAGAGAGGAAGACAGUGUGAAGACAGCGUCAGCGGCUUGCUGA